CGACGACGACUUCCAGCAACGGCCACCAUUCCUUCAUUCAACCCAUUGCUCUUUCAAUACCGUCGCAAUGGCAGGCGUUAGACUUCAAUACCGCCGACGCAACCCUUACAACACUACCUCGAACAACGUCCGUGUCAUCAAGACCCCCGGCGGCAAGCUUCGAUUGUUGCACAUCAAGAAGCGAGGAACUGCUCCCAAAUGUGGUGAUUGCGGCAUUAAACUCCCAGGUGUCCCAGCUCUUCGACCUAGAGAAUAUGCCACUACAUCCCGACCGCAAAAGACCGUCCAGCGUGCCUACGGUGGCUCCAGAUGCGCCAACUGCGUCCGGGACAGAAUCGUUCGUGCUUUCCUGAUCGAAGAGCAGAAGAUCGUCAAGAAGGUACUGAAGGAGACGCAAGAGAAGAAGAGUGGCAAGAAAUAAGUGACUCAAGGAUGAUGAGUUGAUUGAUCUUUUUCUUGACGAACAUGAGCGCUCGGAAGUUGUCUCAGGGUAUCCCACGACCGGGAAGACGACCGGUCGAGUAAGGCUGGAAGAGUUCUAAGCCAAAAGCAGCUGCAUAGCGGGACUACACUCGGGUCCAAGACAAGGGUCUUAGGCAAUCCUCAAUGGAAAUUAUCAGACAUGGCGAGGGUGUGAAGUAUUCAAUGCAAAUGAUACCGACAUGGACCAUCCUG